UCUCGACUCCAUCUUCGCGGUAGUGGCUGCAGUGCCCGCAGUUCAGUCGCCGACAUACAGCUCUUUGUCCGCGCCCAGGAGCUACACACCCUCGAGGUGACCGGCCAGGAGGCGGUCGCCCAGAUCAAGGCUCAUGUAGCCUCCCUGGAGGGCAUCGCUCCAGUAGAUCAAGUCGUGCUCCUGGCAGGCACGCCCCUGGAGGAUGAGGCUACCCUACUAGGUCAGUGUGGAGUGGAGGCUCUGACCACCCUGGAAGUAGCUAGCCACAUGCUUGGAGGUAAAGUCCAUGGUUCCCUGGCCCGUGCUGGGAAAGUAAGAGGGCAGACUCCCAAGGUGGCCAAACAGGAGAAAAAGAAGAAGACAGGCCAAGCCAAGCGGUGGAUGCAGUACAACCAGCGCUUUGUCAACGUUGUGCCCACUUUUGGCAAGAAGAAGGGCCCCAAUGCCAACUCUUAA